AUGCUCCUGCCCCUCAUCACCAUGCAGCCGCUCCGAGCCCUCAUCACGCCCCGGCACCUGCGCAGACAUCGGGUUCUCAUGGUCAUGGCCACGAUGGUGCUGACCAUGCACCGGUGCCAAGUCAUCAUGGUCAUCGUGUCCACCACGCACCAGCACCGACGCCAGGUCAUCAUGGUCACCAUGCACCAGCAUCGGCGCCAGGUCAUCACGGUCAUCAUAGCCAUCACGCACCAGCACCGACGCCAGGUCAUCAAGAGUAUCGUGCCCCAGCACCGGUACAUGCCGACCACCAAUCGGCUCAGGCUCCGAAACUACAUCAUCCUCGCCAUCACGCUCCAGUGCCCGCUCCUGUUCAUGGUUGCCAGGCCGGUCAGAGCUCCUACUAGUCUCUAG